UCUGCCCCGCGGUGCGCGCGCAGGUCGGUGUGUCGGUCGGGGGCGCGCUUGGGUAACCUGUACCCCACGUAGUCGCCGGUUACCGAUCGGACUAAGUUCCAGUGGCAAUUUGCAAGUCAAGUUAAAAUGUCCCCAGAAGUGGCCUUGAACCGAAUUUCUCCAAUGCUCUCCCCAUUCAUAUCUAGCGUGGUCCGGAAUGGAAAAGUGGGACUGGAUUCUACAAACUGUUUGAGGAUAACUGACUUGAAAUCUGGCUGCACAUCUUUGACUCCUGGACCCAACUGUGACCGAUUUAAACUUCACAUACCAUAUGCUGGAGAGACGUUAAAAUGGGAUAUCAUUUUCAACGCCCAAUACCCAGAGCUGCCCCCAGAUUUUAUCUUUGGAGAGGACGCCGAAUUCCUGCCAGACCCCUCAGCUCUGCAUAAUCUUGCCUCCUGGAAUCCUUCCAAUCCUGAAUGUCUCUUACUUGUGGUGAAGGAACUCGUGCAACAAUAUCACCAAUUUCAAUGCAGCCGCCUCCGCGAGAGCUCCCGUCUCAUGUUUGAAUACCAGACAUUACUGGAAGAGCCACAGUAUGGAGAGAACAUGGAAAUUUAUGCUGGGAAAAAAAACAACUGGACUGGUGAGUUUUCAGCUCGUUUUCUUUUGAAGUUGCCAGUGGAUUUCAGCAAUAUUCCCACAUACCUUCUCAAGGAUGCAAAUGAAGACCCUGGAGAAGAUGUGGCCCUCCUUUCUGUCAGUUUUGAGGACACUGAAGCCACUCAGGUGUACCCCAAGCUGUACUUAUCACCCCGAAUUGAACAUGCACUCGGAGGCUCCUCAGCUCUUCAUAUCCCAGCUUUUCCAGGAGGAGGAUGUCUCAUUGAUUAUGUUCCUCAAGUAUGCCACCUGCUCACCAACAAGGUGCAAUAUGUAAUUCAAGGAUAUCACAAAAGGAGAGAGUAUAUCGCUGCUUUCCUCAGUCACUUUGGCACAGGUGUCGUGGAAUAUGAUGCAGAAGGCUUUACAAAACUCACUCUGUUGCUGAUGUGGAAAGAUUUUUGCUUUCUUGUACACAGAGGUGAAUAUUGAGUGAUAGAGACUCAAUGAUAGAACAUUGUGGUGAAUUAUUCUGAGAUAUCAAGCACAUGAAAAAGGAGGAAGAAAGUUCCUGGAGAUGAAGCCAGUCUUCUGUGGGUGGCUCCACUACUUCAUGGAGGUUGAAGACUCAGCAGGACACCAAAUGGCAUCUCUUCUCUGACUUCCCUCUUUGUUCUCCAAGGCUCAGAAAGACAACUGUGGAUAGGACAGGUGCUGGCAAUAAUUGCGAGCAUUUGAGAUGCUAGAGGAAAGAGAUACCCCUCUCUUGAGGCAGACAGCUCUGACCUCAAACCUUGUGAGCGUAUGCGGAAGCAAGAAUGCCCUAGAGAAAAACAUUGUACGUACAUAUUCUGGGGUCUCUCAGGAGACACUGCAACAUCCUGGCAUUCUGCCUGUUCCAGGAGUGAGGACUGUGGCUGUGAUUAUAGUCAUGGAGCUUUUCCAUCCAUGUAUUCCUUCCUUCCUUCAUCUAUUAUCAACGUGUCUUAAGACUUGGAACUCAACAGGAUCAAGGACUUGCUCCAACCCAGAAGACUGUUUCUGGGAAGGUUUCCUGGCCAUCAACUAAGAAUUAUUCAUAGUGGUUGUGUAAGUACUUCCAUUUUUGCCAAGUAAUCCCAAGUGUAAGUAAUUCCAUAUUUGCCAAGUCGAUUUUACCUCUGGAGGUAGAUGUUAUCUGUAAGCUAGCAGCUUUUCAGAAUGUGGCAAUGGAAAGAGGACCAGAUAGCAGGCCAUAGUAACAAAAAACAAAAGCAACCACUGGGGAAAACGCAAGCUCUUUGUCAUGGACCCUAGUCAGCUGCACUGUAAGUAGUCCUAAGAGGAGGCAGCUACCUAAGGUAGCAGAGUUGCUGCUUGGAAGGGGAGGGAGUUGGGGUCUAUGACUUCCAGGGCAAUGUAGAGAGUCUG